CUGUUCUACAUCAUAUUGGUUUUCACUACAUGUAUAGGGCAAGUCAUUUUACGAAAUCCAGUAAGAAGUAACAAGAAAAAUGGUCGCUGGUUACAGGAAAUGAAAUUUAACAGCAUCACAACAUGAAGUUGAAGAAAACCCCACAUGCAUGAAGUUGCGUUCCACCUACUCUUCAACUUUAUUCUUCCAUAUGCCCCCACUCCCUUUCUUCCCUCCCUCAUCUCUUCCUUUACAUUAAUUCCUUUCUUUCUUUCUUUUUUCAUUCCAUCAUUCCCUCCACUGCCUUCUUCCUCUCCUCACUGUUUAAUCACUCAUUCAUGGCCUCAACAAUUCACACCUGAACAAGUUAUCAGUCUAGAGCAAGCUCAAGCUGAUUAAUUACUCAUCAAUGGCGAGUGUAGGCAUUUUCUUCAACAAGUUCCUCUCAAUCUUUCUCCUCCUUCUUCAUCUGGGUUGUUUCUAUAUCACAACCAAGGAUCGCCGACGCCGAACCAAGGUCUCUCCUAGCAUUCCCUCCUGCAUCUCCCCAUCUCGUUUCAAACCCCCUAAAGCAAUUUCUUCUUCUUGGACUUUUAUCAAACACGUGUUCUCCACAAAAACGUGCACUCAAAAUCACCCCGCAUCACCGACGUUAACCUCCGCAAGAUCGUCUCAGCUCUCAAUUGUCUCCAUGCUCCCCAUGGAGACGCAUUUAUCCGAUCCUACUACGCGUCAAAAACCGCACGGGUCAUGCCAAGAAUCCGAUAUCUCAGCCGAUAACUCGUUCUUCCCUCUUCGAAACGACAUAUUUCCUUGCACAGCUUGUGGAGAAAUCUUCAAUAACCCGCAACUUCUAGAACAACACCAAGUCAUCAAACACGCUGUGACAGAGCUCGUCGAUGGCGAUUCGGGUAAGAACAUAGUCCAAAUUAUAUUCAAAACGGGUUGGACUUCGGGUAACGAUAAGUGUCCGGAGAUUCAUCGGAUUUUGAAGAUCCACAACAGUCCGAAGAUACUGUCGAUAUUUGAAGAGUACAGAGAAUUGGUCAAAUCCAAAGCCGCACGAAACGGCGCCGUCAGAAGGAGAGACGAGAGGUGCAUCGCAGACGGUAAUGAACUCUUGAGGUUCUCGUGUUCGACUUUCAUGUGUGACUUGGGACUUAACAGUGACUCCAGCCUUUGUAACCAGCAAUACUGCACCGUCUGCGGGAUUAUAAAGUCGGGAUUUUCACCCAAGAUGGACGGAAUCUCCACGCUCUCUACUAGCCGGAGAGCACACGAGUCGAUCCCAGAGGACAUCGAGGAGGAGUUCGAGUUCAUGAAUGUGAAGCGAGCCAUGUUGGUCUGUCGAGUGGUGGCGGGUCGAGUCGGUUGUGAGUCCGAUGAAGUUGACAAGGAGGAUGGAGGGUUUGACUCCGUCGUGGUAAGAGGGGGCAGUGGGGCCCAUGCCAGGGUUGAUGAGGAGGAACUUCUGGUGUUUAAUCCUAGGGCUGUGCUUCCUUGCUUUGUGAUUGUGUAUACCGCGUGAGUUUUUUAAUCAUGAUCAUGAACGUACGUGAUCUUUUAAUUAAUUUUGAACUUUUGUUGUCGUCUU